CCCUUCGUUUCAAUGCCUACCUGACCUUUUCGGUCUCUCUGCCUGCUGCUACCUCCUCUCCCGCAGUCUUCUUCCUUCUCCGAGCUGCUAGCUUGCUGUCCAUUUCCAUGUCCAUUGUCCAUCUCACUGCCCUCACCUCACCUCACCUCCCUAUAUAUGCUUCCCCCAUCCCUGCUCUGCUCCAGUCACCCCACACUUCACACUUGAUGAGUAGUAGUACACUCGUAGUGCUCCACUUUGCUCGAGAUGGCUUGGAAUGGUGGCAGGUUUGGAGAGGAGGGAGAAGAGAGGGGCCUUGAGCUCAGCCUCGGCCUCCCAGCCUACUUCUCCGGCGCUCCAUCGCCGCCGGCCCAACCAGGUUUGGAGGGCAAGAGCAGAGCGAGUGCUGCUGCUGCUGGAGCCAAUGGAUCAUGCGGUGGCUUCAAGGGAAGCAGGCCGGCGGGUCCGGUCGUCGGGUGGCCGCCGGUGCGUUCGUUCCGGCGGAACCUGGCGUCGUCGUCGUCGAAGCCGUCGUCGCAGGGGGACAGGGUGGACGACGGCGCGGGAGGCAAGGCCGCGGCGGCGGCGGCGGUCGGCGGCCAGAGGGGCCACUUCGUCAAGGUCAACGUGGACGGCGUCCCGAUCGGCCGGAAGGUCGACCUGGCGGCGCACGGCAGCUACGGCGAGCUCUCCGCCGCCGUCGACCGUCUCUUCCGCGGCCUCCUCGUCGCCGCGCGAAGGGACCCCGCAACGGCCACCGGCGUGAGCUGCUGCACCGGGAUCCUGGACGGCGGCAGCGGCGGCGAGUACGCUCUCGUCUACGAGGACGACGAGGGCGACCAGAUGCUCGUCGGCGACGUGCCAUGGAACAUGUUCAUCGCCGCCGCGAAGAGGCUGCGCGUGCUGAGGAGCUCCGACAUGAACGCCUCGUCGCUACGACUACGAUCAGCGAGCAGGAAGAGGGCAGCGGCCGAGUGAUCAUCGCUUUGGAGCUGGAACCACCACAUCUGCAUAGCGAUACCUCUGUUUCUUCUCAUGGCGUUCUUGGAAGAUUUUGUGUACAAAAAAAAAGUUGCGCCACAAGCAUCUGUUUUGGGAAUCAUGAUGUUGUUAUCGACUAGAGCAAGAUGGAAUCGAGGAUGGAAAGAAAUUGUUAGGAUCAUGUUCAUAUCUUUUAUGCAAGCUGUACAAACUGUUAAGCGUUGAUGCUGUCUGAGGUGUCUUUGUCAGUGCUGCUGCCUGCUGGCCAUGCACAGCGGCGCUGCUCGCUGUUCUUGGCUUCUUGCUUGCGAUUCUCGUGAAGCAUCAGCGAAGGUGAUUCAGAGAGCAAGGGAGUAUGAAACGCAGGUUGAUUUUGGAAUUGUUUGUAGCUAUUCGUCAGAGUUUGGCUCGCUUGUCGCUUCAGUAACAUUUGGUUUUAGAACGGAAAUGGUUUGAAGUCCAACUAAGUUGGUGUUUAGAUCGAGAAAAUUUUUGGAAGAAGUGUCACGUCAAAUGUUUAAUCGGAUAUCGG